AUGUGUCAUCCGCGUAACGAUGGUGGUUGCCGUAUGCCAACCGAGAAUGAGUACAACAGACUUGUGGGCCUUCUGGCAAAUCCCGCAACCAUCGCUAGCGCCAGUCUCAAAUACUUGUUGAUGCAGAAUCUCUUCGUGUGUUCAGGCCUCCUACUUGUCCACGGCUGCUCUGAACCAAGUAAGCAGGAACAGCUGCGAGGUCAGCUGAGGUCGCUGCAGAGGGAGUUCCGCCAGAGCAUCCGAAGGGGUUGCAGCAGCCCGGAAUGUGGUAUUUUCUGCGCCGAUGCCUUCUACAAUGCAUGCCGCGAGCGCCUGGAAGGGCACUGGGAUAACAUACGCCCCUACCUGGGCUUGGAGACAGAGAAUGUGACCAUCAUAGCUUUAAACCGGGCAUCUGGGGCAAGCAUUUCAGAGGAGUGCGAAGAGCACCUGAGGUUGUUCAAAGCAGCCCUGCCGCAGGGAAAAAGCAGCCGAGUCCAACUGCUGGAAGAUGCUGAGGCAUCGCUAGGGGUACUGGCAAACACCAAUGUUCUCAUUGUGGUGGGCCAUAACCGGUCUGCAGAUCAACUGGACCUGCUAGUACAAAAGCUUCUACGGGCCUUCUCGCAGCCACGGCCAAGCCUCGAUCUCGUGGUUUUCGGAGUCUGCAAGUCCUUCUGCGCGGGUCAGCUUCUAGCUGAUGCAGGCAUCCCGAGCAUAUGCUACGAGGGCGAACCCCAGGCCGAACACACGUGGGCUUUCGAUGCAAGCUUUCGGGAUGAGCUACUGAAAGGCCCAGACCCGUCCACCUUGAGUUCUGGAAGCGUGCUGCAGUCUCAGAUACAAUCGGCAUUCGACCGUGCCUCCGCAGACUUGCUUUCUGAUGGACAGCGUCCACGUCUAUGCAUGCCCAGCAAGAUAGGGCGGCUUCGCCACUGGCUUCGGAAGUACCGAUAUGCGGCGACAGGUCUGCUCGCAGCCUUUCUUCUUGCCAUGUCCGUAGUGAACGUGUGGAGGAUCCACAUCAGGCCGCGAGUCUAUUCGAGCGAGGUAUUACGGCCUUGCCGAGGGGCAGAACCCUUUUCUUUGGAGGAGAUCACUGGGGUCUUGAGUGUCGCCCUGAGGUGGGACUUGACCUGCCAUGAUCCACGGAAGUCCAUGCUUCAAGACUGGAUCUGGGGCCUUUGGACCCCAGAAUCAAUGAUCAGAGUGGAUAAGUAUACCUCCGAGCGUGUGAAGCCCACGUAUCUGUUGAUGUCCCACACUGUGGUCAGAGUUGAUGAAGCAGUGCACAGUUUUUUCGCGAAAACUGGUUUCGGGUGCCAUUUCAUCAUCAUGCGGGAUGGUAACUUAGUCCAGCAAGUGAAGGAAGAGCACAAAGCCUUUGUCAUCAGAGGAUGCUUUGAAAGAAAUGUGUCCGGCAACUGCACGGCGUUGGAGGCCAACGCACACACUAUAGGCGUCGCUUUUGAAGGCAAUGGCUGCGUGCAAAACUUCACCAGCAUGCAGUACAACACAUUGGAAUACCUAAUCACUAUGCUGCGCCAACGGGGAUACAAUAUCCCAGAUGAGAAUGUCCUGCCGAUAACAGCGGCGGACUACGUCCCAGGUAGACACGUGGCACCAGGGCGUUAUUUUGAUUGGCCGCGGGUCAGGCAAGCACUACCCAAAAUGGAGUUUCAUGGCUCCUGGUAUGGAGCACCACUGCAUGCGAGGAAGCAGUGGAUGCAAACCGUGUCAUCUCACUUCGAAGCCAUGGGGAAUGCGAAGGCCGACUAUCGGUAG